UCGCCGUAAAAACAAACUUAACCUACAUCUAAACUCACAUAUGUCAAUGAGGGUUAAGUGAAUUGUAUCGUUUAAUAUUAAACUUUAGUUUAUAAUAUUAUUUAAAUAAUUAAAACUAACAACUCUAUUACUAUUUACUUAUACAAAAGAUUUUUUGGAAGACAUGGAUUAUCAAGAGGAACAAAAAAAUGAAAUAGAAGCACUAGAAUCAAUUUACUACGGCGACUUCGAAAUAAUUUCAACUAAACCGUAUCAUAAAUUUUCAAUUCCAAUUAAAACUGAAGAAUACGAACCAUAUAUGGCUAAUGGAUUGAGCUGUGAUCUUGUUAUUUCAUACACUCCGAAAUAUCCUGAAGAAGCACCUAUAAUAGAAAUUGAUAAUUGUGAAAAUUUUGAUGACGAAUAUGAACAAUUACUUUUAAAUUACUUAAAUGAACAGAUACAAGAAAAUUUAGGCAUGGUUAUGGUAUUCACAUUAGUUUCCAGUGCCCAAGAAUGGUUAAAUGUGAAAUGGGAAGAAAUUAAGAAAGAAAAAGAAGAACAGAUAGCCCGUAGAUUGAAGGAAGAGGAAGAAGCAGAAAUGAAGAGAUUCGAAGGAACUCGAGUUACUGUUGAAACAUUUAUGAAGUGGAAGAGACUGUUUGAAGACGAAUUAGGUAUUACAAAGAAAAAAGAACUAUUAGAAAAAGAAGGGAAAAAACUGACUGGUCGAGAGUUAUUUAUUCAGGAUAAUACUCUUAAUGAAUCAGAUCUCAAAUUUUUGGAUGAAGGAGAUGCAGUUAAAGUUGAUGAAUCAUUGUUUCAGGAUUUGGAUGAUCUCGAUAUAGAUGAUGAUGAAGAUGAUGAAGAUUUCGAUCCUAAUAAUUAUCAUAGUGAUUCUUCAGAUUGAAUGAUGUUUUCUACAAAUUCCUGUUUUUUUCUUAUUGUUAUUAUAUAGCAUAUUAACUAUAAUAUGUUUUCUUGGUGUAAAAUUGCAUGUAUAUUAAGAAUAGUCCAUAUUUGGGUUCAUGAUGACUUCGGUUAUCACUUUAGAUUUGUUUCAUUGGAUUGUUUUAAUAUUUCAUGAAAAAUAUUCAUCAUUCUUCAAAGAUUAUGACAAACAAAAAAAAUAACAAAGUUAAUUCUAUUUCCACAAAAAGGAAAAACUACUAACAAUGUAAAUAUCAAUAAUAUUGGCCCUAAUCAAAAUGUGGUUUCCAUUAAUAUGGCGAAAUGUUUGGUUAAAAUUGUCUGUCAAUACCUCACAUUAGUAUUUCAUUGGGCUUGAACUCUAAACUUCAAUAAGUCGUAAGUUAGGGCUAGUGGAUGUCAACAUAACGAAGUACCAUUCUAAUUUACACUUUCUUAUUACUGGUUAAUAUUGUCCAACUUUUUCUCAAAUAUGUCUGUUGAUACCCCAAAGAAGUAUUUAAUGGGCAUUGGGUACUCUCGGUAUAAGAGGGCAAUAGUGUAAUUCAUUAUUUGCUGAAGUCUUGAACAUUAUUUGUCUUGAUACCCCAAAUUACUGUUUAUAUGGACCCAAAAGCUAGUGGAAUCCAAUAUAAAGCCAACUUUUAUCAGUAAAAUGUAUGUGUGAUUAUUGUAUGGGAAUCUUAAAAAGAAUGAUUUUAGGGUUGAAACAUUUGAAAUGCUUAUCUGAGGUAUUGACAGACAUAUUUAGUAAGUAAGACACAUUAAUGGUCACACACUCCUAAGUUAAGCAAAAGUGUUUAGGACUGGUACCCUGUUAUACUCACUUAUAAGUGGGACACUUUUGCCAUUGGCGUAUUACGGGGUCCUUCAUAGAAAUCUUGCCAGCUAUUUUCUAUAUAAUUUAGUCUAUUUUCAUACUCAAAACUGAUGGUAUAUAUGUAUUGUCAUCAUCUUUGAUCAACAUAUCUAUGUAUUUUUUUCUAUUGUCAUAGACAAAAGUAGAAAUCGGGAAAGGAGAUACGGCAACAGUUGCGACAAAUCUGUUAGAGAAAAAUUGUUAGGACUAGGUUCAAAUACAGAAUAUAGAGUUUGCAACUUAAAACUAAGGUAGAAAACAUUAAAUUUAUAGGAAUUUUACAAGAAUUUAUACAACUUAAAGCCAUCACAAAUCUCAAUUGAUUAUUGUAAUUUAAAUUUCAUCAUACAUUUAUACAUAUUUCUCAUAUUGUACUUGACCAUAAUUUCAGUCCCAGAUGUUUCGAUGUUUCGCUUUUUUUAAAAAAUUAUUCAAAAAAGCUAAUUUUGAAACAGAAGAGACCUAAAAUCAAGAAUAUUGAGAAACAUAAACUUAAAAGGUUUAAGAAAUUAAAUUUAUACCGGCAUGGAUAAAAUAAUGCCUACCUACCGUAACGUUGAACUUACAUAUGGAACUGAAGCCAAACAGACUCUGAAAAAUUUCGAAAAUAUCCUCCACAAAAUUGCAAAACUAAAAAACCGAAUAAUUUUUCUAUUCAGAUGCAAAAACGAUAAGUUGAUACCUACAUUUCUAAAUUUAAAAUUAUCCUGUAUAAAAUUUAGAAACAGUUGCCUGCAGCAUGAAUAUCAAAAUCACGUUUUAUCUAGAUUUAUUUUCCAAGUCAUACAACUAUCUAUUACCGAAUCAUCUACUCUAGUAAGAAAAUUGGAAAAUGAUUUCAAAAACAUAACAGUUAAAAUAAAUAAAAUAAUUCCUAUAAAUAUUUUCCAGAAAUUUGAAGGAAGAUGUUGAGAAAGAACUAACUCUUUUUUAUAAAUGUAAAGAAGAAAAUUGAUAAACAAAUAUUAAAACAACAACAUAUUGCUAAAAAUACAAAUGAAAUAAAAUCAAAAUGGAUCGAAAAUUCAUACUGUGAUACCAAAUGAAGUGAAAGAAGGUUUAUCUUUAGGUCCUAAUUUCGCACAAAAUAUUUCUAGUGACAAACAAUUACCUGUGACAAAUAUCUUAUGUAAUAUUGAAUGCAACAUCAAUCAUUUAAAUAACGAAAUUCAAAAUAAAAUAUUAUUUUUCCGAUAUUUAGAUGAUUACAUUACUGCCAUACCCAUGAAUCAAAUUGCAGAAAGAGUUAUUAGAACGCUGAAAACGAUAAUUCACAAACACUUCAGUCUUAUCAGUAUAAAUACAAAUGGAUCGUUGUUUUACCUCAAAUCACUAAGAAAUACAUUGAUACGAAACAUGUAACAGUAGGACAAGUUGUAAACCAGAAUUAAAUGACAGCAACGAAAAGCUGAUUUUAAAUAAUAAACUCAGUCAUUUGAAAAUUGCGGAACCUAGAAAAUUGAGAGUUGGAGAUAUCGUGGGAAUAAGUAAAGCGAAACAUGUUAUUUUCAAAGUGAAAAUAACGAAUCCUGUAACUUAUUUUAUUGAGGAUAUGACUGGGACACCUGGUGCUUUCUAUGAAGAAAAAUUACGAAAAUCAAAAAUCCCAACGAAUCAUAAAGAAGCAAGAUUUCUGUGAAAGAAAGUUUGUGGAAGUUCUUAAAUAUGAUGAAGAAAAUGUUGAGUCCUAUGCAUCAAAAAGAAUCUACUUCAGGUUCAACUUUUGAUGUCAAAUUGAACUUUAGUGAUUUUUGUUAUAAUAUUAUACAUUCACUUAAGAAAUCUACAUAAUUUUAUCAGUUUUCAAAGUGCUUAGAUUAAAUGUAUGUUAUAUGCGAUAUUUGUGCUGCAACUAGUUUAAUAGGAAAAGCGCCCAAGGAAUAGAUAUAUUACAAAAUACAUAUAUUUAAUUAAUGAUUCAACUCUAUAAAACAAAUAUAUAGAAAUAUAAUUUUUUGUUUUAUUAAAGUAUCCUCUAACUAGAUCAGUUUCCUUUUUCGAUUAUUGCACGUACAGUGUAUGAUUAGUAUUAAAGUAAAUGUUGAAGAAUUAUGUUGCUGAAGCUCCUGCUGUCGUCGCUACCUUUAGUUGUACAAUUAUCAUCAAAGGAAAUUAAGUCGAAAUCGAAUAAAACGAAUCUUAAUUGGUAUUUUCCUUAAUCAUCACCUCCAUAUGUUGCAGCCGCCAAAAAGGCUUUCAAUCAAAUUCAAAGUUCACAUUUUAACGAAUUAGGAUAUCAACGUCUGUGCUCGACAUAACUUUAACGUUGAAAUUGUGAGUUCUAUAGCUUUUGAGGUAUUUCUGUAUAUUCUUUAAUUUCGUCCCAUUUUUCAUUAUAUAUUUUUAUAUAUAUAUACUGGGGUAAGAGGAGUUUGAAUAUUUGAAACGAUAGGUCGAAAGGGAAUGUCAGGCUUGUGCAGAUUUGGUAAACCAUUUAUUUUAAGGGGUAAAGCAUUGUGAAUUUGCAAUUUUUUUCAUCUGAUGGUAAAAUAAAACGUUGUUCUUCCCAAGAUCGAAUUAGAUCAUUAUUUUGUUUUUCAUAAGAAUUCGCAGGGUUUUGUUUAAUUUUUUUGUAAGUUGUCACAUCAUUUAAUAAUUUCAUAAAUUUAUUAUUAUAAUCUUCUGAUUUCAUAAUAACAGUUUUAUUAGAUUUAUCUGCUUUUAAAAUUUUGAGAUUUCUGUUUUGAAUGAUAAAUUCUUUGAUUUUAUUUAUAUUUUUAGGUUUGAUGUUGCUCUGUUGUUUGUUUUUUAAUUUAUUUUUAAAAUUAGUGAUAAUAUAACUGUCGGAUCUCAUUUUAUUUUUAAUUUCGUUAUUUAGAUGAUUGGUGUUGCUUUCAAUAUUACAUAAGAAAUUUGUCUCAGGUUAUUCUUUGUCACUAGAAAUAAUUCGUGCAAAAAUUGAGACCUAAAGAUAUUUAAACUUCAAUCCUAGUCACAAAAAAAUCAGUAAUAAUAAGUUUUGCUGAUAGAUCUAUCCAACUAUCAGAUCCUGAAUUUAAAGGCUUAGCUAUUCAAAAAGAAAAAACUGCAUUGAAACAAUUAGUAGUUCAACAUGAUAUGAUUAUAAUUAAAGUAGAUAAUAAUAAUAUGAUGUGAAAGAAAUAUCGAUAAAAAUAGUAGAAUAUGAUGAAUGGAAUGGAAAUAAGACAGAAAGGUUAUAUGGAAAAUUUUAUAAUGUCUGGAAGGAAGUACUAACAUUAACGGAGAAAAAGAAGAAAUAAAGAAACCUGAUUGUGGACUGUAAUAGUAACAAAAGAACUGUCGUUGAGAAUUUAAUCAGAGAUUAUGGGCACUGAAUAAAUAAUGAGCCAAUAACCAAGAGAACAAAAGGAAUAUUUCACAUUUCAUAACUAUAUAGAUUCCUAUAAUUUUAAUUAACCAUUUGCUUAUUAAUCUAUUUCAUGGAAUAGGUAUAACAAAUGUUAAAAGAGUUAAAAUCUUCAAAAAACGAACUUCUUCAUAUUAACUCCAAAGAUGCUCUUCUUAUCAAGAAUGUACCAUCGAGAUGUCUAAUUCCGAAUGUUGAUAACUGCACCGAAUGCAAAGCAACAGAAAAUUUUGUGCAGGAAAUAUCUAAAGGUAUGUUGAUAAGAAUAGUUCACCCUUUUAAAGUUGUGUCCUGUUAAUUGAAGAAACAAUAAUUGUUGAUGAAGGUGACCUUUACACAAAGGAAAACAUUCAAGAAUUUUCUGCUCCAGAAGCCGUACUCAUGAUACACACGAAAGACGACGAAAUCAAAAUAGAAAAGUUGAAAUUUCCAAAAACUGAUGGUCAAAUUUAACCAAUAGAGCCCUUGGAAAAUCUACUCUAAGCUACACUCUACGGGACUCUCUGCAGCUAUUGAUUUUUGGAAAAAAAUUCAAGAAUAAAACAAGGAUUUUAAACUAUAAUUUUAUUUGAAAAAAAAGUUUGAUAUCAAAUGAAGCAAAUGCUGCUUAUUUCAUAAUGUUAACAGGAAUAUUGAAAAAAUACCAGUAGCUAGUCCUUUACGAGUGCACGAAAAUAAUAGAAUUUAAAGUUUCUAGCAUUACUAAAAUUUUAAAAAAUAAACACUUAAUUUUAGUCACCACCUCUUACAUAUGAUAUCUCGGAAAGGGGUGGGCUGAGGAAAUUUUAUUAUAGAAAAGACCCAUCUUAAUUUCACACGAGCAAUCACCUCAUCAAUUGCAUAAAUUUUGAAACAUCCUGUGCUUAAAGCGAUCGAUCCAUUCUGGGGUUAAGUGGGGAUGACCUAACCUUAAAACUUCACAGAAGUUUUUUAUAUGAGUGUUGAUUUAAAAAAUUUCAUUUCAAUACUAUCGAUAAUUUAAUGCUGGAACUAUUUUUAAUCAAGGAAAAGUCCAAAAUAACCAAACACAUAUUUUCAACAAUGUUAUUUAAAAAGUUACAAAAAAGUCAAGAAGUGCCUAUGAAUUCAUACAUCAAAUUUGACAAUUUGCAAUUCAAUUCUUUUAGUAAUUAAAUCUUUAUAUUUUUUUGGUGAGUGGAAAAUUCUCAUUGAAGGAACAAGUGUCAUAUUUUGGGCUCCUCUAUACGCCUCUUCUCUGUGUCGGGAAUUAAGCGGGAAACCACUGUUAUUGCAUUAAACAUAGGAUAAUCACAAACCUAUUUAUAAAGAUGUAUCUAUAGUUAACGUUUUCUUUCUUAUUAAUUUAAAUAUAGCGAGAAAAAUUAACUAAAUCUAUCAGAAAUAAACAUUUAAUACCUGUCAGUUUUACAUAUCGAAUUAUCUUCAAUUCUUUUUAUUUUAAUCAAUACUAAUUCCUACAUGAUUAAGAUUUUGACUAUCAACACAAAUAUGUAUAUGAAAUUUCCGGAACCGUAGACGAUAUUUAUAUCGCUUACUACCACUACAUCAACCUAAUUACACUGUUAGACGCAAAUUUCGAUAAGUUCUCAUUGUCUGAGACAAUGUAAUUAUGAGUGUUAGUGUGAUAGUAGAAUCAACAGAAUUAGAACAAAAUUUUAGUAUCACGAAGUGCAUAUAAAAAUUUUAACGGAAAAUACUUAAAAGUUGAAAAUUUUUUAGAAAGACGAACGAUAGUAUGUAACGUGUAAGGACUUGAUGUGCAGAUUUCUUGAGAAUGUUUCAUAUUUUGACUACUACUUAGCGAUAACAUACUCUACCCGUCUAAGAACAAAAAGUAAAACAUUAAGAAAUAAAAAUGUAAAAAACUUGGGAACCAAACGUUUAUUUUUGAGCCAGUCGGGUUAAUUACUCAAAUAUACCAAUGUACUAAAACAUAUGGCCUUUAAAAUCAAACAAAAUAGAUAUUCCGUAAUUAGAGAUACAAUACAACAGUAUUCACUCAGAAAAUAGAAUUUAAGACCAAAGUAAACACGAGUCUCAUGAAAAGUAUAUAAACCAGUUCUCCUACAAAUCCUAUCUAUUUCCAAUAAUUAAGUAUAAACUAACUUUUAGAGCUUUCUGGGACGCAAUAAUUACGGUAAAAUUAAUUUUUUCAUAGAAUUCGGAUUCGAUUGAGAUAAUGGCUAAAUCUGUAAGCAUUUCUUGUUCUAUAUUAUUUCUCAAGUGAUUUUAAAUAAUUUUUAAUAAACUAAGAAUGAAAAAGAUUUUUUUUUUAUUUGAAUGGGUUGUACAAUUUAUAUCUUCAAUGGGACUUUCAUCCUGUAACUUGAUGUCUAAAUAUGUGUAGACUUUCAUUAGAUAAUCAUCAGAAAUGAAACUGAUUCAUCAUUGCCCCUAUAAUCAAACGGGUAUUUCUCCUGAACUUUGAGAAGGGAAAAUCGGAAGCAAUACCUAAGUCUAUUAAUUCUUGAUGAUAAAUCAUAUCAAAUUAAAAUUGAAUGUAUGUAUGUGUGUAUAUAUAGAUAUAUAGAUUUGGAGUCUCGUAUACACUGCGACCCAAAGGAUUCAUUGUGUUCCCUUUUCUUGUUGCGAUACUGAAGAACCAGCUGAUCCAUUAAUCCCACACCUUUUAAAAAGUCUAGAAUGUGGGAUGGCUUUAAUUGCUAGAAAUCUUAGUCUUCUAUUUCAAGAGCUCCCAGGUGUAGUGCUUGGGAACUUUUUAGUGUUUGACACUUCGAGAAAAUGUGGAUAGCAGAUCUACUUUGGUUAUAGUUUCCCAGAAGAGUUUUUUCUAUCUCAGCCUCAUUAGGUUUCCCCGAUAAUUGGUUUUAGUCCCAUCUACUUUCUUUUUGAGUGCUUUUUUCAUUGUUCUUUAGCUAAUACCACAGAAAAGUUCGGGUCCCAUUAAGACCUUAUCAGCUAUUUCAUUUCCCUUCGCUCCAGUGUGCCCCGGAAUCCAUUGUAGGGUAAUUUUAUUUUUCUUGCCUCGCUCGUUUAAUGUUUCUAGGUAAUCUCAAACGAGUUUGGGUUUCAUGAUAUUGAAGACUAGUGCUCUGAUGGCUACUUGACUACUACUUAUCUCCUGUUUGCGAUAGUUCCUCUUUAGAUUGAACCGAACACAUUUUUCAAUUGCAUAAAUUUCUGCUUCAAAAAUGCUUGGUACGCUGGUGUCCCAGGGUUGGUCAUUAUCUAGGAACGGUUUCCUUAAUGAUUCCGUUUCUGAACAUUCUAAGUGAUGUUUUCUCUGCUAUGCUUUCCAGUACUAUGUGAAAAGGUGAGAGAUUUAGAAUCACUUCUAGUGCAGCUGUUUCAUUACUCCAGUUGUACAUAAACAAGCCAGCCUUUGUACCUUUGAAAGAUUGUUUUUCAGACUAGUUCUAGUAACCCAAACCACUGCCCCAUAUGUGAUGAUUGGUCUCACAAUUGCCAUGUACAUCCACCGUAGGAUCUCUGAAUUAAAACCCUAUUUCCUUUCUGCAAAGUUUCUGCACACCAUCAGGGCUUUUGUGGCUUUCGUGAUUAUCUCUUUUUAAUGUUCGUUCCAGAGAAAUUUAUUGUCUAAUGUGAGUCCCAGAUAUUUUCUCUCUGUUUUUCACUCGAUUACUUGCCCGUUUAGCUUAAUUGACCUGAGGAUUCCUAAUGAAGAAAAUUAGGCUGAUCUAUAUAAGUCAUGUAAGUUGGGGCGCGACUCCCACUUGUGUCUUGCCCUACUUUUAUUUCUGCUGUUCUAGUAGAUAGUAGUUCUGCUAUCCAUAUGGAGGUCGUCAUAUCUACUCCUCUCGCAUCUAAUGCUCUUUUGACAGCGUCGUGCGGAAUAUUGUCAAAGGCGCCUUCAACGUCUAAGAAGACACAUACUACGUUUUCUUUGUUCGUCAGAGCGUUCUGAAUUUUAGUUGUCAAUUGUACCAAAGCAGUCUCGGUAGAUUUGCCUGUUUGGUAUCCAAAUUGACAUGGAUGGAGAGGUUUCCACUUCAGAAUCGCUGUUCUAAUGUAUUGUCGACAGCUUUUUCUAUCGUUAUGAAUUGAAACGAGGUGAGGCUAUUUUUGGUCUGAAGGAUUUGAAAUGUGUGUUGUUCUUUUUCCCUACUAUUGGUAUUAAUGUUGCUUUGGCCCUUCUCUAUGACUCUGGUGUGUAAUCCAGCUCUAGGCUGCUUCUACUGAGGUGGAUCAAGUGUGGCAAGAUAUCCUCCUCUCCCCUUUGGAGGAGGGCUGGAAAGAUUCCGUCCACUCCUGGCGACUUGAACGGUUGAAAGGUGUUCACUGCUGUAUACUUGCUUUGCAAUUGCAGCAGUUUCUCUCAUAGUUUUGCUAUGUUCGGUCCUAGUGUGUACUUAGGCUGGAUUGCCACUUUCCGGAAAGUAAGUCUUCAGGAAGAGCUGUACUUUGUCCUCCUCACUCUCCGUGAAGGUGCCAUCCAUUGUCCUCACCCGUCGUCAAUACUUUGUGAAGUCUUGAAGUUAUCAUUAAUUUCGACGCUUAUAUUUUGAAGGCCGUAACCCAUGAGAAAAUCCAAAUACUCUUAACACCGUUAUUCAUACUCUGAUUGAGUAUAUGAUUAAUUUGAAAAUGAUUUGAUAAAGUUAUUUAUACUAUUGCCAGAAGGUCUAUUAUCCCACAAUAAUGAAUGAAUCAAUUGGAUAAAUAUGUAACAUAUACUAUGGAAAUGAAUAAAUGUUUAUUAAUAAAUAAGAAUUACUCAUAUUAUAAAAAUCACAUAUUCAUGCUAAUUAAAAUAGAAUAAAUAAUAAGUGUAUUUCAACAAUACACGUAUUUAUGAAGACAAGUACAGAUGCAUCCUCUGUUUUUAAAAAUUAUAAACUUUGCAUACUACAAUUUCUUUGUACUGAUCGUACAUUUUCAGUUUCUUGAAAAAUAAGCUUUUAAAUAUUCACUUGUGAUUCCAUGUGAAAUAAUAGGCGAAGUUAGUAAGUAAGAUUAUUCGACGGAAACAAGAAAUAGUCUGAUUUUCUGUUUGAUUUUAUUCAUGGGACAAGCAAAGUAGAAAAAGUUGGGAAAGAAGACAUAUAUUGCCGAAUUCUCAAAUGACUGUUCAAAAAGAUAUAUUGAUAAAUAGUUAUUUUCCUAACAAGUGCGGAAAGUGAUACUUUUCAAAAAUUAUUUUAUUCCAACAAACAUAAUAAUAUACAAAACUUUAACUAAAAACUACUAAUUAUUAGAAAUAUUAAUACUGACAACACAAUUUGUUGCAUUCUGUAGACUAGUAAGAAUUACCGGUCCAGUGGAGUUAUUUGGUUUCAACUGGAAGGUAGAUGACGUCGAUGAGGAUGGCAUCGGUUGCAGCUCGCAUAAAGAUGACGGUGACGGUAACGGCAACGGUUUUAAGUCAUUUGUAGUACAAAGAAUUUUAUUUGAUAUUUUUUUCUUCUGAUUCUCGAAGACAUCCAAAUAGCACUCAGCGACAGUAGUAGAUUUCCAGCCACCGAGGCGCUUUAGGUUAGUUAUUUCUAUGCCGGAGUCUGCUAGUAACGUUGCCGAAGAACGUCUGAAACUGUGUCCUGUAUAACGUUCCGGAUUAGGUAGGCGUAAAUAUGCGGCAAUCUCUGCUGGCAUCUUACCAAAAGUGUUUACGCCAACGCAUCGAACUGAGCAUUUUCCAUUCUUAUAAUGAAUAAAAAAUCGGUGGUAUGGAGUGGUAGGUGGUCGUAAAUCUGCGUACUUUCUGUACAGCGUUAAGUUAAAACAAAUGAUCUUGACGAAUUAUUUGUGGAAUCAGAAAUUUUCACAACAAUUAGGUUGCCUUUAUCUUGAAUGUCGUCGAUAGUGAUAUUUACAAGCUCGGAUCUGCGGAGAGCGCCAGCCAGUGCAAAAAUGGUACUCAUUUUAACCAUCAGGUAUACCUCAUUGGGAACUAGCUGAAUCCUGGAUAUAUCUUCUUUGGUAAAAACUUGAGCUUUCUGUGCUCGAAAACCAAUAUUUUUUUGUUUAAAAAACGACGUCAGCUUAUGGAAGUUUCCUAUAUCCAAAUUUUGUUUUAUUUUUACUAAACUUUUUACCAUCGAAUAGCGAGACCAUAAUGUAUUAGAUUUCAAAACCUUACUUAGGUCUGAAAAAUACGCCAGAAAUACCUCUUCCUUAUAAGUUUUGGCCCCUUUCUCCUUAUACCAUGUAACAAAAUGGUCGUAUUGCUUCUCAUACCUUAGUCUGGAUUUGGCAGGUAACAGCUCGGAAUUAGCUUCAUUUGCAGCCUUCAAAAUGGCUACGGGAAGUUCUUCGUCGGAUGAAUCCAUUAAUAUUAUUGUAUCGGAUUCGGUUUAAUGUGGUUUAAUUUAGAAGAAGAUUGUACUUAUUCGGUCACUUCCAAGACGUUUUGGACAACUUUGAUGUUUUAGUAACAAUUACACGCCUGGGUUGUCAUAGCAACUGAUAUCAAACCCGGGUGGUUUGAUGGUUGUUUUGUGACACUCCUUCGAAGAAUGUACAUGGUUAUAUACAAAAUAUCUUAAUUAUUUUAUAUUUUCAAAAAAUUAAAAA